AUGUAUAAUGGCCUUCAUCUCUCCAUCUCGCACCUCGUGGACCUCGCGGGCUUCUCCCAUCUAGAGCCCAAUUAUACCUAUCAACUCGCAGUCCAUGUUCGGGACCUCGCAGUGAAAUUUGGCUAUCUCUGGAACUGGAUCCCGGGUUGCUGGGUCAAAUCUCUUUAUGAUGGACCCGAUGCCAACAAUAUCGAUGAAUUAAGGAUAUUCUUGACGGUUGGACUAAUCGGUACCUAA